UGCACAUGCACACACCUCCAUGGACUAAAUUGCACACGGGGACCCCACCGCGACCAUCAUUCCGCUAGUGAGCUGGCUAUGCAUUCAUCAGGCAGAUAAUUUACCUUUCAAUCAAAAGAGCUGGUCACACACUGGAGCGCACUUUUUUGACAACUUUAUUUCAAAACCUCCUGCAGAAAAAAGGCGACCCACUUCGGGCUGAUUGUGGAUUAGAUGCAUGUCAAUGAUUCGGAGGCUUUUUUAGGCUGAGACAAGGACCCAAAGGAUAUAUCAAGGAAUAAAUCAAGUAAAAGAAGAGAAAAAAGUUUCCUCCAUCAUCAUGCAGAGGUACAACUUUAUACAGUGCUUAGUGGCGCUCGUCUUCCUGGGACUGUCAGGGAGCGACGAGCCCAAUCUGCUGCAGCCUCCUGCCAGCGAGACGCCCACGGACGCGGGGCUGUAUCUGCUGGACGAGGACGCUGGCUCCCACGAAUGCUCCGCCUGCGUUUGGAGGGAGCAAAGCAAGGUGCUGCGGCUGGAGACCAUCAAGUCCCAGAUCCUGAGCAAGCUGCGCCUGAAGCAGGCGCCCAACAUCAGCCGGGAGGUAGUCAACCAGCUGCUGCCCAAGGCGCCCCCGCUCCAGCAGCUCCUGGAUCACCACGACUUCCAGGGAGACGCGUCGGCCCAGGACGAGUUCAUGGAGGAGGACGAGUACCACGCCACGACGGAGUCCGUGAUUACCAUGGCCUCAGAGCCGGAGCCCCUGGUGCAGGUGAACGGGAAGCCCAGCUGCUGCUUCUUCAAGUUCAGCCCUAAACUUAUGUUCACUAAGGUGCUGAAGGCCCAGCUGUGGGUGUAUCUGCGACCGCUGCAGCAGACCUCCACCGUCUAUCUGCAGAUCCUGCGAUUGAAGCCUGUCACGGAACAAGGCAGCCGUCACAUCCGCAUCCGCUCUCUCAAGAUAGAGCUCAACUCCAGGGUCGGCCACUGGCAAAGCAUUGACUUCAAGCAUGUGUUGCAGAACUGGUUUAAACAGCCCCACACCAACUGGGGAAUCGACAUCAACGCCUUUGAUGAGAGCGGCAAUGACCUGGCAGUUACCUCGCUGCGACCCGGGGAGGAGGGGCUGCAGCCGUUCCUGGAAGUGAAGGUUCUUGAGACCACCAAACGUUCUCGAAGGAACCUUGGAUUAGACUGCGAUGAGCAUUCCACUGAGUCCCGCUGCUGCCGCUACCCUCUGACUGUGGACUUCGAGGCGUUCGGCUGGGACUGGAUCAUUGCCCCCAAGCGUUAUAAAGCCAACUACUGCUCCGGCCAAUGCGAGUACAUGUUUAUGCAGAAGUAUCCGCACACCCACCUGGUUCAGCAUGCCAACCCGCGCGGCUCCGCAGGGCCCUGCUGCACCCCGACCAAGAUGUCCCCGAUUAACAUGCUUUACUUCAACGACAAGCAGCAGAUUAUCCAUGGCAAGAUCCCAGGGAUGGUGGUGGAUCGAUGUGGCUGCUCUUAGGCUGCAGAAGGAGAUACACACACUUACGUUCAGAUCUCAAUAAACCACCCAAAACCCCUAUGGAGCUCUCUAGGCACCAGAUAUCACUUUUGCUCUGCCACAGAAACAUCCUGUUGGGUUUCCAUUUUUUCCAGUAAUUAAUUUGAUUCUAACUGUAUAAAAAAAAAAGUUAUAAAUGAAAACAAGAAUCAAAAAAAGAACUAAAGAUGGAAAUACGGUAUAUUAUGAAUGAUUUGGGUCUGGUUGUGGAGCAGCCUCAGAAAACGGCAAGACAAAACUAUGUUAUAGAGUACAUGUUAGUUUUGUGAUUUUUAUUUUGUAUGGCAUCUUUGUGAAGUGUCCAGGUUAUGGGAAUGUGUUGACAGGUGACAUGAGUAUAUUUCAUCAAGCAGCAUCAGUUUUUAGAGUCGGUUUCAAAAUAUUUAAUUCUCAAUUACUUACUUCCAGGAAAUAAUUUUAUCCAUUUAAAUAUUUGCAAGGUGGGGGGGCGGCAGGAUCAUAAUCAUUUUGCAGUUCAUUAAUUUUAAAGCAACUCCAUAGCUGCAACAAAUAAUAAUAAUAAUGUGCAGAGGUUUUACAUGUUGAAAAAAUGUUUGGACAAAUCCGAAAUGUUGUUUACAAAUGUUUAGAAAUCUAAAAUGUUGUGGAGAUCAAAAACCAAACCUAUUGUUAAUUGUUAAAUUAUGUCCUCCCAAUUAAUUCAGCAAAAUCUCAGUGAAAAUUAAUAGGAAAUAUUUAACCAUUAACGCAUCAGAAACUUGGAAGAGAAGAAAUUGCAGCCCUGCAGGAUUACAAGAAAACACCAUAAUUUUUCAAUAUUAAGUAGAAAAUCACACUUAACCUCUGUUGUUUAAAAAGACAUAGAGAAAAUACAUUAUUUCUUUAUUUAAAAACAGUUCAAGCUCCAUAUGUAAUCAGACACAAAAAAUGAACACUAUAACAUAGUUCGGCUUACAGUACCGGUGGGAAGCUCAUCAUGGGUGUGGAUGUCAUUUUAAUUUGGAUUUGUUGUUAAUAUUUAUGUAUUUAGAUACAGGCUAAAAUAUAUACAUUUGCACAAAUAUUGAGUUGAAUGUCGCUUACCAAGCUGCAGAGAACCUACAUCCUUUUAUUUUACCCAUCAGCAAGCUUCUGGUACAAUUGUUGCAGAAUAUUGGACCACUCUUCUUUUCAGAAUCAGUAGAUCUCAUUUAAAUUGUUUUUAUUUUUACUUACCAGGAUUGAGGUCUAAGCCAUUCUAAAAGCCCAAUGUUAGCCAGUUUUAUCCAUUCCAGAACCAGUUUUGAUCUGUGUUUUGGAUCAUUGUCCUACUGGAAGAACCAUUUAUGUCCAAGUUUUAACCAUGUAUCUUGUGGAUUUGAGGUGAGGCUGAAGAAUUUGGAGGUUGUUCUCCCUCUUCAUCAUUGCACCUACUUUGUGCAAUGCUGCAGUAUCACUUGCAGCAAAACAACUACACAGCAUGAUGGUACCACCACCAUGCUUGGCAGGUGGUACAGUGUUCCCAACUUUGAAAGUACUAACUUUACUCCACCAAACAUUCUUGCAACUUGCAACUCUCCUGGAUUGUUCAUAUUUAUCCUAACUUAUGUCCUUUCCUCUGAUGAUGACAGUUUGCAUCAAAGUGCCGAUACGUGGACAUACUGAAACUGAGUAUUGCAACAGAACAAUGAAACAAAACACACAUCAAAACUGGUUUUGCAGUAGACAAAGAAGGCGGGCAGUAAGCAUGUGGAAUGGCCCCAACUUAAACUUGAUUGAAAAUAUAUUAACUAAAAAGCUGGGAAACCCAUCAAAUUUAAAUGAGCUCAACCAAUUUUGCUAAGAAAAGGAGAGAAAUAUCUAGCCAUAACUUUACCAGAAGCUUACUAAUGGCUACAAAAAGGGAGUAGUUUCUCUGAGGAAGAUAUAAUGAAAUAUUAAUCAGAGUGUAGUUUUAUAUAUAUAUAUAUAUAUAUAUAUAUAUAUAUAUAUAUAUAUAUAUAUAUAUAUAUAUAUAUAUAUACAUAUAUAUAUAUAUAUAUUUUUUUUUUAAGCCUCUGUAUACAAUUUUGACCAUUCGUAAAACCUUGUACUCCUAAAUCUUGUUUUUAAAAUUAUCGAAGGUCUCUUUUAUACACUCGUUAAACCCUGAAAAAGGAAUAAUAAAAAUGUGUCAUUAUGAGUGCAAACUCAAUAUGACAUUCAUGCCCAUGGUGUGCAUAAAAAUCGGACCAGAACUGUAAAUAAGCUGGAAGUAGUGAAAAAUAUUUUUAUCUCUAAAAGUUCCUCUAUUUUGCAUUUAUGUAAAAAAAAAAAAAAAAACACUUAAAAGACGUUAGCUAUUUUACUCCUGUAUCGUUAGCAUUUUUUCCUCAAUGCUAGAGAGUGAGCAGUAGUGCUGUUAUUAAAAUUAUUGCUCCCAUAACUCACAACAUACCACUAAGUCUGUAACUAGAAUGGAAUAAAAUAAAAUAAAAACAAAAGAGACCGGAAUCAUAAGCAGCUUUAGUUUAGAGAACAUGUUGGAUUGCAUUUUGAAAAGCCCCCAUCCAUCUCAGCCUCCACUGCAUCAUCAUCAUCAUCCCCAUCAUUAUAGAGAAAAUAAUGUUAGUGCUUAAGCAGAGUAGAUUAGUAUGCUCGAAGCUUGUCUUUGUCUCCUGGAUGUCAAAGCAAAGAUAUCCUUUUGUUAUAAAAACGAAAGCACUAUGCUGUUGGAUAAAGUGAGAGCCUUCUGACAUUAUAUAUAAAUGAUAUAUGUAUAUAUUAAAAAAAGGGGUUACAAAAACCCUUUUGGGGGGCACUCUACCUUACCAACAAUAAAUUUUGCACUAUGGGACGUUCGUGGCGUGAGGAGCUGAAGUGUUGUUUGCGUUUUAUCAAGCACAAGAGAGCUUGUACAGUAUAGGAUAAAAAAAGAAAUAUUCAUGCUUCUGGUGAUAAACCAGAAAAGUAGAGAAGUUUUCACUUCUUUUUUGAUACCAUCACAUUUUCCUGACUUUGUCUGAAGCGGGGGCCUGUCCAUACUCCCACACACUUUGAUUCAAUCUGGAACCUGGAUGUACUGUAAAGGCAGCCUUAAAGGCCUCUGUUCCCACUUAAACCGUGUGUAAUAUAUGUCUGGAUCUAUGGAAAUGCUUUAACUGGAAAUGGCCCACCCAUCAACCUUAAUUUGUUUUUGUGUUAGAAAGAUUGAAAACUUUUAACUUAACGUAUCAUCUGUCUCGUACUUUUUUUUUGCUUUUGUGCGUAUUGUAAAUGAGAGCAGCCAUUUUAAUAAAAAAAAAUGGGAGGAGUAUCCAGGGAUCGUUAGCCAAAGUAGAGGACGACGAAUUGUGUGCCAUAACCUUUGUGAUUGCAGGAACAUGCUAGAACAUUUCAAAGGGAGGAAAAGGCUGGUUUAGGGGCUGUGGUUUAAAAAAAUGAUCGGUUAUUUAUUACUUACAAUGCAUUUCCAAGUCUGUCUACCUCACUUUAGCUUUCAAAUACUUUUUUUCUUCCAGAAAAAUCAGUGCAAACAUAAAACUAAAACAUAAAAGAGCCACAUCCCCUCCAAAAAUUUUGACGCAUAGCACAGGGUCCCCUUGCUCUCAGGUUCAGGUUAAGUUGCUAACAGAGUGACUGACGGACAUGCAUGGUCAAAGGAAAAGAAAUUAGCUGUGCCCACCUCUGUGGUUUAACUAUGUUCAAAGCUGUUGAGAAUUUUGUUUUAGUGUUUUUAAACUUGUAUGUCUGAGAGUUUUUGUUUUGUUUUCAUAUAAAUAUAUGAGAGUAACAAAUAUCUAUGUAAAUACAACCCAAAUGUUAACUUUUAUCAUGUUUUGGACAGGUUCACCGCUUCUAACUGUGUCUCUCUGUUCCCCUUCAUACCUGUUAUUUGUGUAGUGAAAAAGAAAGGAAAUCACCCCAUCUCUGUAGUUUAAUGGAUGUGUAUAAAUAACUGUAUUAUUUUUGCCUUUUGUGGUUUAUUUACUGUCAUUUUCUUUUGUACAAUAAAUCAUUUAUUUAGCUUA